ACAAGUUUGGGGCUGUAUAUCGGCGUAGAAAUAUCGAUAGUAACCAUCCAGCUGUUUGUGGCAUUACGUGAUUUUUGUGUUUGUUAAGUUGUUAAAACCGCUUAAAAUGAAUCAAGCUGACGUUACUAAGCUGAUGUCACAGCUCCGAAUCGCAAUAAAAGCCAAAAAGCGCAACUUGAAGAAUGCAGACGGGCCGGAAGGGCGGUUGCUGAAGCUGCGGAAAACCGUAACGGCGUUGGUGAAACACGAGCGCAUUGAACUGUUCUACAAUAGAGCUGAUGAAGCCCGUGGCUACACGGAACUACUCAUAUCCAAUGCCAUACGCCAUGGGGACCGGCACGAGGCCACCAUGGAGCUGGCUAAUUAUUGGCUAUUGGAAAAGCAACUGGUGCAUAAGCUUUUCAAGGUUCUGGUUCCGCGAUAUGAGAACUAUAAUGUAUCCUAUACACGCAUGUACAAAGCUCCUCGUGACUAUCCCGGGAUUUACUACAGGCAGUCUGUGCUGGAGCUACGGGGCAAUCCUUACCCUCUGCUAACUGCGGAUCUUUCUCAAAACAGGAAUCUUCUGCACAACGUGCUCCUUGACGAGGCAAGGAAAGAGUUCAGACGUCAGAGACUGUCUGAGAAUCUAAACUAGUUUGUUUAUUUCAUUUUCUUUUUAUUAACAAUUAGUUACUCAGUUCGUCGCUUAGAAUGCAGAUAAGACUCAAAAGCCAUUUUACUACAAUGUUUAAUAUAUAAAGAGAGCCAAUUGUUAGAA